CAGAGCACCGCAGCGUGUGGGGUUUGUAUGCCGCAUGUUCUCCAUGUGAGAAUUUCCAGUUGCAGUACUCUCCUGGCUACAUGCAUCACUAAAUGCAUUUAUUUGGAUUUUAUUACACUGUAUUGACUUUAUUUACAAAUUAAGAUGAAGAGGAAAAGUUCUCCAAUUGCUGAUGAUCUAGAAAAUGAGAUGGAACCACUGAGUCUAUCUGAAAAUGGAGAGGAAAGUGCAAAGAAACCCAAAGGGUCCAAAAAGAAAGCAGAGAAUGGAGUCCUUCGUCCACUUAAGCUCUCUGAAGGACAGUUGUACAAAGCCCCUACUGUGGAGGAGCUCAACCAGCUGAAGGAGGCAGAGAAUCUGUUUCACUGCAGUCUGCUCAAAAUGCAGAUGGAUGAACUGCUCAAGGAGGUGGUACUGAGUGAGCGCAGGAAGAAACAGUUGGAUUCUUUUGUCCAGGAAAUCACAGAUCUUUUGAAAUCUGUGCCUGAAACUCCAGUAGUGGAACUGUCAGACUUGUCUUGGUUGUCGGAGUCGGGAAUUGACGUCCCGUUUAUUCUGGUUCCUGAGGAAACUAAGGGCAAGUUCCACAUGGAGCCACCUCACUCUGUGGAUCUGAUUGGGAGUUAUCCUCUGGGAACUUGCAUCAAACCAAGAGUUUCUGUUGAUCUAGCUACUACAAUUCCUGCUAGUAUCCUACACCCAAUGGAUUUCCUGAACCAGAGAUACUCUCGAAAGCGAGCUCUUUAUCUGGCAGGACUUGCACAGCAUCUUUCCACUUCUCCUUUAGUGGGUCCACUGCAUUAUUCAUGCCUGCAUGGCAACCGGCUUCGCCCACUACUGCUUGUCACACCUUCAGGUAAGGAUAGCAACAGCAUCAUGUUGAGGAUUCAUGCCAUCCCACCUCCGGACUUCCUCAAACCGAGUCGAUUCCAUCCACAGAAGAACAACAUACGGACAGCAUGGUUUACAGGCCAAGACGCUGAACAGGAAAGCAACGAGCCUCCUACUCCUCAAUAUAAUAGUACAGUGGUGGGGGAUCACCUCCCACGUUCGCACCUGCAGUUUCUCAGUGCACACUGUGAUCAAUGUCCUGCCUUUCGAGAUGGAGUAGCUUUGCUCAAAGUGUGGCUCAGACAGAGGGAGCUUGAUCAGGGUACUGGCUGUUUUGGAGGAUUCUUGGCCUCCAUGCUGCUGGCUUAUCUCCUGUCCACGCAUAAAGUGGCUAAAACCAUGAACGCCUACCAGCUGCUCAGAAAUGCCCUGCAUUUCUUGGCUUCCACAGACCUGACUGAGAAUGGUAUUACCUUAGCAAGAAACCCAGAUUCUAAAGCGCCAUCUUUGCCCGAGUUCCACAGUGCUUUCCAAGUUGUUUUUGUGGAUCCAUCUGGCCACCUUAACAUGUGUGCAGAUAUGACCACUUUCACCUACAAACAGAUCCAGCAUGAGGCAUCUCUGUCCCUCCAGUUCUGGGACGAUCCCACACUUGAUGGCUUCCAGGCUCUUCUUAUGACACCCAAACCCAUGAUCAGGACAUAUGACAACGUCUAUCAACUGAAUGAUUUGGUGAAAAUGCAAGCAGCCUGUAAAAAGCUCAGUCUCCUUAGCACUCUCAUGGACCACAGUGGGAACUACAUUCUUGCUGCUCUUCCUUUUAUCUUGUCUCUUCUGCAGCGAGGACUUGGGGAUAGGAUCCACCUUUUGGUUCACUCUUCCUCAGACCCUGAGUGGCCAGUGUAUGGUGACCCCCCUCUGUACAAAGACCAGCCACCCGUGUCUGUUGGCGUGCUUCUCCACCCUGAGCGUGCUCUCUCUGUUCUGGAGAGAGGACCUGCAGCAGAUAAACCUGAGGCGGAAGAGUUCCGGCAGCUGUGGGGUUCUCGCUCAGAGUUGAGGCGCUUUCAGGAUGGCGCCAUCACCGAGGCAGUGCUGUGGUCUGGAUCUUCCACCUGUGAGAGAAGACAUGUCUUGCUGGAGAUAAUCACCCACCUUCUGGAUCUUCAUGCAGAUAUACCUGAGUCCUGCAUCCGGUUUAUUGGGGGAGAAAUGGAUGAUGUCAUUAAAGUUAAAAAAGAGGAGUGCAGUGCAGGAGAAGAGGAGAGUCUGAAGGUGGUGCAGUGCUUUGAUGACCUAAGCAGAAAGCUGUGGCAGCUGGAGGGUCUGCCUCUGUCCAUCACAUCGGUGCAGGGUGCUCACCCUGCUCUCAGAUACACACAGGUGUUUCCUCCUGUCCCAGUAAAGCUGGCCUACUCAUUUUUUGAGAGGGAGAAGACUUCCCGUGCUUUGGUUCCAAAUAAGACCAAGCCUUGCCCUUAUUAUAUCACACCGAUUAAAGUGAUUGUACACAUGGAAGGCAGUGGAAAGUGGCCUAAUGACCGUUUGGCAAUUCGCCAUAUUAAAGCAGCUUUCCACAUCCGCCUCGGCGAGCUGCUCAAAAGCCAGCACGGUUACACGCAUCGCCCCUCACCUACACACCUGGACGUAUGGAAGGAUGGACUGGCGUUCCGGAUCCAGGUAGCGUACCACCGAGAGCCCCAAGUGCUGAGAGAAAGUGUGACCACACAGGGCAUGCUGAUUCAGAGGGAUAAUGCAGAGGCACAAGCAUUGGAAAUCGAGACGCAGCACAAACCAUUCCUGACCAGCACCCUGCACGGUCUGCAGCAGCAACAGCCGUGUUUCGGCACAGCGUGCCGCCUGGCCAAACGCUGGCUGGCAGCACAGCUCUUCAGUGGAGAUAUAAUAGAGGAGGCAGCUGAUCUCCUGGUGGCUUCGCUCUUCCUACAACCGGCUCCUUUUACACCUCCGAGCUCUCCUCAGGUCGCUUUCCUCCGUUUCCUUCACCUGCUUUCCACUUUCGACUGGAAGAACAACCCUCUGGUGGUCAACCUCAAUAGCAAACUAGCAGCUUGUGACUACACUGAAAUCAAAAACCACUUCCUGGCACUGAGGGAAUCUUUGCCUGUGAUGUUUAUCGGCACUCCCAAUGAUAAGACAGUCUCCGUUUGGACAAAAGAAGGACCUUCGGUUCAGAUUCUUCAGCGUGUCGUGUUGGUUGCAGCAGAAAGCCUACGCAUCCUGGAGGCCCAGCUCAUCAACCCCAAUCAAAAACAAGAUAUCCGGGUGGCAUUUCGACCCCCACUGGAGGCCUAUGACGUUCUGAUCCACCUCAAACCUCAACAGGUCCCCUUACACUCUAGAGCUGUGGAUCGUCCUAAAACCACGAGUUACCGAGGCACCCAGGACAAGGACGUAGCAAGCUCAGGAGGAGCGUUCCCUGUCGUGGAUUUUGAUCCUGUGAAGCUGUAUCUGUCCGAGCUCAGGGAGGCAUUUGGGGAUCUGGCACUCUUUUUCUAUGACCCCUAUGGGGGAACUGUGAUUGCAGUAUUGUGGAAGCCCAAAGCUUUUCAGCCUCAGCCAUUCAAGACUUCUCUGAUGAACGCCAGACGAGUGGAUGUGAAUGAAGGCGUGGCCACUACUGUCCCUAACAUAGAAGCCAUUGUGCAGGAUUUCCAGAUUAUCGGGGAAGGCCUGGUCAACAAGGUGGACCUAAGGACUGAGAGAUGGGUUGUCUGAAUUGGGAAUAAUCUGCAGAAGAUCAUUUGUGUGCUAUGGAAUAUUUGCUUUUUUUUUUUUUUUUAAGGACAGUACAUUUUAUGUAUAUUUCUUUCUUGAUCUAAUGGAUAAAUAUGGAUUUUUAUCAAAAGUUUCAGUUAAUAAUAAUAAUAAUAAUAAUAAUAAUUACAUGUUCUUUGCACGUGGAUGAUUUUAUUCUUGUCAAAGGCCAGCAAAUCCAAUUGUAGUUCUUCAGCAAUAAGACCACAUGGUGAAAUGUGCAUAUAUUUUAAUACGAGUUAUACUUUUCAA